CGGGCUACUGGCGCACAUCCUGAGUGUGCGCCCCAGACACCCUCCAGGCUUGCGCAGGCGCUCGCAGGGUCUCCACAGCUCAAGGGCUUCGGCCUGAUCCCUUCUCCACGCAGGUGCCCCGCGAGCCCCGCUCGGCCAUGUCUUCCUGCAGCCGCGUGGCGCUGGUGACCGGCGCCAACAAGGGCAUCGGCUUCGCCAUCGCGCGUGACCUGUGCCGCCAGUUUUCGGGGGACGUGGUGCUCACGGCGCGGGACGCGGCGCGGGGCCAGGCGGCCGUGCAGCAGCUGCAGGCCGAGGGCCUGAGCCCGCGCUUCCACCAGCUGGACAUCGACGACCUGCAGAGCAUUCGCGCCCUGCGCGACUUCCUGCGCAGGGAGUACGGGGGCCUGGACGUGCUGGUCAACAACGCGGGCAUCGCCUUCAAGGUUGCUGAUACCACACCCUUCCAUAUUCAAGCAGAAGUGACCCUGAAAACAAACUUUUUUGGUACCCGAGAUGUCUGCACAGAGUUACUCCCUCUAAUAAAACCACAAGGCAGAGUGGUGAAUGUGUCUAGCACGGUGAGUCUCAGCGCCCUUAAAAGGUGCAGCCCAGAGCUGCAGCAGAAGUUCCGCAGCGAGACCAUCACGGAGGACGAGCUGGUGGGGCUCAUGAACAAGUUUGUGGAAGAUACCAAGAAGGGAGUGCACCAGAAAGAGGGCUGGCCCAACACCGCAUAUGGAGUUUCAAAGAUUGGCGUCACGGUCCUGUCGAGAAUCCAGGCCAGGAACCUGAAUGAGCAGAGGAAAGGAGACAAAAUCCUCCUGAAUGCCUGCUGCCCAGGCUGGGUUAGAACCGACAUGGCAGGACCCAAUGCCACCAAAAGUCCAGAAGAAGGAGCAGAGACCCCCGUGUACUUGGCCCUUUUGCCCCCGGAUGCUGAGGGGCCUCACGGACAGUUCAUAUCAGAAAAAAAAGUUGAGCAGUGGUAAGCUGGACUCAAAAGUCCAUCCAUGUGCCUCAUUUUGUACCCAGUCCAGACUCAAAGGACAUUUACAACAUCAAAAAUAUUCCUAUCCACAAAAAAAAGAAACCAUAAUAUCUCUACCAAGUACUCACUAAUGUACUACUAAUGGAGUAGGCUACUCAUUCAGUUGACUACUAAUUCUAUGAAGCCUUUUGUGAUUUCCUUUGUGAUGCAGGGAGAGGAAAAUGUGUAAUUGCUUAAAAUAAUGAAUGAAUGUCAAUAGAUGAAUAAAUGAUUGAAGUGCUCACAUCUGCCAGUGGGUUCCAAGAAAGCAAACAAUAUGUAAACCAUGAGCACAGCUUGGGCUUUAGGGAGACAUGGACAGUACCACAGAGGGAAAGACAGCUGACUUGGUCUCUUCAAGGAGCCAAAGUCAUUCUGGAAAAACAACCAAUUGCAGUAUGUGAAACCUAAGUGGGGGCUUAUAUGAAACACCGGGCAUAAAUCUCUUCAAUGUAAAUAUGUUAUGUAGCAAUGAAGUGUCAUGAGGUCAGCAACAUUAACAUAUAAUGUUAUAUGUGAUGUAAAAUAUAUACAGAGAGAUGAACAGAGAUUUGUGAAAUAUAACAGUUUUCACAAUUGUUGAGACUUGAA